GAGUGUAGCUAUUCUUUAUCAUCGAUUUGUGAAUGUGAGAUAAGACGUGACGUUUCGUGUGUUUGUGUGGUUACUAUAUUGUGAAAUAGGAUAAGCCGAUAAAUAACACAAUUACAAAUAGUCGUUGCCGUCUGAUAAAGUACUAUUAUCACGCCGGUAACCGUUAUAGAAGGAAAUAGUGUUGAAAAAAUUAUAAUAUUCAAAAUGGGAAUACAUUGCGAAAUCAAUUUACAUAAACGAUCUGAUGGUGUCUUCGUCCCUGGAAGUGUAGUGUCAGGUACUAUAAAGUAUGGAAUUGAUGCUGAAACAGAGUUUGAAAGGAUAACCGUAUCCUUAAAAGGCCACGGAUUUGUGAUAAUACGUGAUCAGCAAGCCAAGAACAGAGGUCGAGCUGUGGACACUUACAGAAAAAGUGAGGAUUAUGUAGAUAUUGAUAAUGUCGUAUACACAAAUGAGGAUAAAGAUGCUGCAUUACCUAUAGGUAUGUAUGAGACGCAAUUUAGCUUCAGAUUGCCGGAAGAAAUACCAUCCUCCUUGAAAUAUUGUAAUCGAACAGCCAGAUAUAGUGUGCGGUGUAAAAUUGAAUAUUACGUACGGAUCAAGUUUGAAAGACAGGGCAUGUUUAACUUCAAUAAGAGAUUCAAAAAAGAAAUAACAGUAGCAUCAGGUAUUAAACCCAGAUUACCAACAACGCCGGUCAUACACGGAAAGCAAAAGAAAAUUUUCCAGAUGUUCUCCAAAAGCAACACAGUCAACAUAAAAGCGAAUAUACAAAAUUCCGUGAUACCAAUAGGUGGUAAGAUUGAAUUCACUUACGAAAUUUGCAACAAUACUAAGCAUACAAUUAAAGGAGUAGAAACUAAAUUGAUUGAAAUACAUGGUUUUACGACUGGAAAGGUAAGGGAAGUAGAAAUUACCAGAGAUAUAGAUGGCACAGAUACCAAAACAGGAUCUUUAGCAAGCGGAGAGACUAUGAACUUGGAUGGCUUGAUUAAUGUACCUUCAGAAAGAACAUCGCUUGAAUUUUCCAAUGUUGUAGCUAGGGAAUAUUUCCUACAGAUAAAAGCUAUUAUACCAUUUCCACAUUUUAAUGCGGUAUUAAAAGUUCCAGUUCAGAUUGGUGAUAUAAUUGGCGGUGAUCAACAAAGCUUAGAGUGUGAUGAACCACCUCCAUCAUAUUGGGAAGUUAUGGGAGACGAAAAAGAGAAAGGUGAUGAUGAUUUUGACUAAUUUGGACUACAAUAAAAACUGAAUAAAACUAUUAUUAAGUUUAUAAAUAGUAUUUAAGAAGAAUCUGGAUUAUAUUUCUUACAUUACAACUUGUUAAUUUAUAACAGAAUAAUAUUAAAAGAAGCCUUGUGUGUUAAUUCAGCGUUAAGAAAAUUGGUCAAUUACUCUUACGAACAUAUAUGUAUGUUUUCUUUUUAAAAGGUUCCACGGUAUUUUACGGUAUUGCAAACGAUUUUAUUAGAAAUUCCACAG